GUACAACAAAUUCAAUAGGCCAAUUUAAUAUGAAAAGAAAAAUUAGGGUGCAGCAUCUCAAUAUCAAAAGAACUCCCCGCCCUAUCUUCCCCCCUUUCUAUCCCCAGCACCCUUGUUCGGCAUAAAGGUACGUUUUGUUCCACUUCCAAACUUUGAAAUUUCUUUAGUUAGUCAUCGAUAUAAACUCGUAGGAGCUUUAUAGUCCCGUGUCAUUAAAUUUCAUUUUGGAUUUGUUCCCUACAUUCAACUGUGUUUUUGAACGCAAAGUAUAUGCAGAGGAGGUGAUUUUGGGUUUGAUUAUGAUCCGAGACUUUACAGUGACACGAAAUGCCCAGCUUGGAACAAAUUCUCCCUACUAGGAGUUGUUUCUCCUUUUACGCAAGCCUAGGUCGUGUUAGACUGUUCGCUAUUGCUGUAUAGUUUUUUCAGAAUGCCUGACUGUUGAUGUACUCAAUACUCUAUAAGUGUUUGAGGAUGAAAGAAUACUUUUAGCUCCAAUUUGAGCACACCAUCAUUCUCUUGUCACCAUGUUAUAGUUGGCAAUCAAGAUAUGUCAUCAGAUACUGCAACUGUAGUUGAUUCAUCCGUGACUGAAGGGAGAAAUGAUAAAUGGAAAAUGGAUUAUCCAGAUUACCAUGCAAACUCAUGUGAGCAGAUUGGUAUUUCAGCUGAAGUUGGAAAUAGAAGGCAGAGGUUGUAUAGUACGCGCUACUUCAUCAUCAAGAGCCUGACCCAUGAAAAUCUUCAAUUAUCUGUUAAUAAAGGUAUUUGGGCAACACAAGUUAUGAAUGAGCCUAUUCUGGAGGAAGCCUUUCAUAAUUCACGGAAGGUCAUUCUAAUAUUCAGUGUCAACAUGAGUGGUUUCUUCCAAGGCUAUGCACAAAUGAUGUCAUCGGUUGGGCAGAUACGUGAUCGAGUAUGGGGCCAAGGAAGUGAUGGGCGUAAUCCUUGGGGUCGAACCUUUAAUGUUAAAUGGUUGCGGUUGCAUGAUUUGCCUUUUCAAAAGACUCUUCAUCUGAAAAACCCCUGGAAUCAGUACAAACCUGUUAAAAUUAGUAGAGAUUGUCAGGAGUUGCAUCCAGAUGUCGGUAAAGCUCUGUGUGAACUCCUUGAUGGAAAAGAUGUGUCUGAUGUUAAUAUAAAAGUGGAAAAUUUUUAUUGGGGUGACCACUCAGUUAAAAGGCCACAUGUAGAGCAUUCAGUGCAUUCAAGAGACGGAGUUUGUAAUAUGCCACUGAUGCAUAUGGGCCCAAUGAUUUAUUCUUCUUUAACUUACCAGCAUCACGCGAGUAUGUUUCAUACAGAACAUCAUGAUUCAGACAGUGAAAGUCCUCUUGCUAGUAUUCUUACUACUCUCACUGAUGAUGAUAUUAUUGACAUGACAUAUGAAGAGUACCUUGAAGCCCAUAGCAAAGGGUCUGGGAACAAAAGAGUACGGAAUCAUGUUUCAGGGCAAACAGGGAGUACACAACAGUCAUCCAUCAGCAAAGAAAACUGUGAUGAGUUUUCAUAUCUAUUGGGACAGGAUCGACUGGUUUCGGUCUACAUUUUUUUAAUUGGCUGAAAUGCAAAGGCCACAUCAGUGGCGCUCCAUGGCUAUAUUGCCAUUUGGAGACUUGGACAACAGCGUAGGAAAUUUGCAAAUGGCCAAUUCACUGGUGCUCUAGUGCAAGCUUAAUAAGUUUUUGUUAUUGAAUGUAAAAUGUAGUAUAUGUAAAUUAAAUGUUUGUAUUGUUUUCUAUUUAUAACUUUAUAAAUUGUUUGUAACUUUUAAGUAUUCAUAUAGAAUUAUACGUUGCACAUUUGUAAAUGGUAAAGUUGUUCUGUGACAUUGUUUUUUUGAAAGUUCAAUUCAAUAAAAUAAUAUUUUACCGU